AUGGCAAUCUCUGAGGAGUCAAAGUGGGUGAAGCUGAAGCCCAUCGAAGCAACAGCGGAGAGUUUUGAAGAGUACGGUCAGGUGGUGGAGGCCUCUCCAGAUGGUGAGGAGUUUGGGCCUCGUGAUGCUCAGUUGGACCUCAGCCAUGGAGUUCCAAGGUUCUACAUUAUGCAUCUUCAAGAUAGGCCGCUCAAGUUUUCCAAAAUCACACACCAUGCGAGCGUGACUCAAUGCCUCGGGUCGGUUGGUGGCCAUGUUUGGUAUCUGGGAGUGGCUAAGCCUACCAUUGUAGACAAACAGACACUUGAGAGCAAGGAUCAUGAAGGCAAGAAUGUGGUUCAGUCUCGCUGUGCCACCGGCCAUUUCUAUGUGCCUCCGGCGGUGGCUAAUGUUCGUGUUUUCAAGAUUACAGGUCCUAAGUUUCUGAAGCUUAACCAUGGGACAUGGCAUGCGGGGCCUUUGUUCAGGGCAGACACUAUGGAUUUUUUCAAUCUGGAGCUCAGCAACACCAAUGUGGUUGAUCACACACCACAUGACUUUGUGAAGGCAAAUGGAGUGGAGUUCUUGAUCGAUGAGCAACUGUAA